AUGGACGACGUCCGCGUCCUCGUCACCGGCGGCGCCGGGUACAUCGGCACGCACGCGUGCGUGCAGCUCCUGCUCGCCGGCGCGUCCGUCGUGGCGAUCGAUAACUUUGACAAUUCGUGCGCCGAGGCGGUCGAGCGCGUGCGCGCGAUCGUCGGCGAGCGGCGCGCCGCGCGGUUGACGUUUCGCGAGUGCGAUUGCCGCGACGCCGAGGCGCUGGAGGACGUGUUCGCGACGUGCGGGACGGUGCGCGCGGUGAUCCACUUCGCCGGGCUCAAGGCGGUGGGGGAGAGCGUGGCGAAGCCGCUGCUGUACUAUGAGAAUAACAUUCGGAGCACGCUGACGCUGUGCGAGACGAUGGCGAGGCACGGAUGCAAGACGCUGUGCUUUAGCUCGAGCGCGACGGUGUACGGGGAACCGGCGUCGGUGCCGUGCACGGAGGAUUUCCCGACGGCGGCGCUGAAUCCGUACGGACGGACGAAAUUGUUCAUCGAGCACAUUCUGAGCGAUUUGCAAAAGAGCGACGGCGAGUGGCGAGUGGCGCUGUUGAGGUACUUUAAUCCGGUCGGCGCGCACGAGAGCGGAACGCUGGGGGAGGAUCCGAAGGGGAUUCCGAAUAAUUUGAUGCCGUUCGUGCAGCAGGUGGCGGUGGGGCGAAGAGCGGAGUUGAGCGUGUUCGGAAACGACUAUCCGACGAAGGACGGCACGGGACGACGGGAUUACAUUCACGUCGUCGAUUUGGCGGAUGGGCACGUCGCGGCGGUGAAAAAGCUCACCACCGAUCCUAACGCGGGGUUGAUCACCGUGAAUCUCGGGACGGGGACGAGCACGAGCGUGUUGGAGCUCGUCGCCGCGUUUGAAAAGGCGUCUGGGAAAAAGAUUCCGUGCAAGAUGGUCGCGCGUCGCGAGGGCGACGCCGCGGAGGUGUACGGCGCCACGCAAAAGGCGUUUGAAGUUCUCGGCUGGCGCGCCGAGCGCACUAUCGAAGACUGCUGCAAAGAUCAGUGGAAGUGGGCGAGCGCGAAUCCAUACGGGUACCUGGGCAAGCCCGACGACGAGUGA